AUGUUAUACGACUUCGAGUCCUGUAAACUCGUCGGACAACUCGUCAAGACCGCCUCGGUCGAUCGAAGACUCGACGUCUGCCUUGGACUACAAGUAUGCGCAUCGAAGAGCCAGACCGCCUCCAUUACCCGCCUCAGGUCGAGGAGUGCUGAAGAAGCUGUUACCAACAUUUUGUACAAUACACCUCCACCAAGUACAGAACCAUUUAAAAAACACAUCCUCAACUGCCUCGUGCAAAACGAACCAGGUGUACUCUCCCGCGUAUCCGGAAUUCUGGCCGCUCGAGGUUUCAACAUCGACUCGCUCGUCGUCUGCCGCACCGAAAUCCAAGAUUUAUCCCGCAUGUGUAUCGUGCUCAGCGGCCAAGACGGUGUCGUCGAACAAGCCCGCCGUCAACUCGAAGACCUCGUACCCGUCUGGGCCGUCCUCGACUAUACCGACACGCGCACCAUCAAUCGAGAAUUGUUACUCGUAAAAGUGUCGAUUCUGGGUCCCGAGUACUUGGAAGACCAGUUGGCGGGAGGACCGAGCCAUGAUCCACGGAGUCAUGCUGUUGUCGAACCGCCCGAGUCGGCGAUAUGGGAGGGUGGAGAAGGGCAAGGACAAAAGCCGUAUCAUCAGCAUUCGAGCAAGAUGGAGCGGGAGAUUAGUCUGGCCACUUCGUUUGAACAAAGCGGCAAGUCGACACACUACCCAUCCACGAACGACUCUCCUCCUCAAGGAAGUGAUGCGAACGCCAACGUGACACCUCUUACCCCCCACCAACUGCUCACCCUCAAAUCGACAAACUUGCAAGCCCUGAGCACGCUCUCCUCGCACUUUGGCGCCAAGAUUGUCGACAUUUCCGAAAACAGCGCCAUCAUCGAGUUGUCCGCGAAAUCUGAACGUGUCGACGCGUUUUUAGGGCUUGUGAAGAGCUGGGGUGUGUUGGAGGCCGCGAGGACUGGGUUGAUGGUCAUGCCGCGCACGCCGAUCGCGAAUAUGGAGGGUGAAGACGGAGCAGAGGGAGCGAGUGACGAAGGUGGACCUGUUGAUGCCAGUUUGUUGCCUCCAGGUUAG